AUGGUUGAGAUUUAUAAAACAGAAUUAGGUUUAGGAACAGCGGCUCACGGAGAGCUGGAGUUCAAAGACCCUAACAAGGCAGUGCGCCUUACAACUAACAUGACGCUCGUAGCUUGUGCAAGACGGGAGUACAGCGCCAUUUUCCUCUUUCUGGCAGUGGCUGUCGUAGUCUUUGUGCUACAUAACAUGGAGAUCCUGCAGUUUCAGAAUAAAGCGAACUCCACCAUCAUCUACCCGAGUGUUCCCACUGCCCCGGACAUUAAUCACGGCCUCUGCAAAUUCCAGCCACUGCCCCCUGAGGAUGCUCGGGAGGAACGCCACCUAAUAGACUUAAUUGCUUGGCCUGAAACUCCACUUUUGCCAAAUCCUUUUCGCCUGGAGGAGACCAGUGAUCCAGCUCACAGCACCUUCACCAUUCUCCCAAGAAGGGGAGGAGGACAGUGGCGUGUAGGGGAUCAGCUGGAGGUUGUGAUCAAAAUUUCUGACUUUAAGGGCCGCCCAAAGAAGUCCGGUGGGGACUUCUUACUCGCCCGCCUGAACAACCCGAAUCUUGCUGCAGGUGUGGCUGGGCAAGUCGUGGAUCACCUCAAUGGCAGCUAUUCUGCUGUGUUGUCUUUACUCUGGGAAGGAAGAGCACAGGUUGAGGUGAUGCUGGUUCACUCUAGUGAGGCUAUCACAGUGCUGACCAGGCUGAACGUCGAACAGCCUGACAGGAUGCGCUUCCAAAGCACUUUCCGCGCAGGUUCAGUCUCUGAAACUACCACCUGUAACGUCUGCCUACGUCAACCCCAGUAUCCACUGUGCAACUUCACUGACCCCCGUACAGGUGAGCCUUGGUUCUGCUACAAGCCAAAGAGCCUAAACUGUGAUACCAGGAUGACUCACGGCACGGAAAGAUUCGUACAAGACAUCAAGGCAGGGGAGGAGACGCUUUUUCAAAGUGAUAUCAACAUGAAAGUCAACAUUAAGGCUACAGGACCUUCCACUAUUGACGUGUUUCCCAAAGAGGAGGGUCAGCCACAGGUGAAGAGCGGCAUUGAGACAUCUGGACUCUUUGGCUAUUACCACCAGGGUGUGUGGCGAGCACUAGAUGGCACAGCAGUUCGCCAAUUCGACACCCCUGCCACCAUUCAGUGUCUGAGAAGCAAGGAGGUCCACAUCUUUGGAGACUCUACCGUCAGGCAGUGGUUUGAAUUCAUCACGUCAGUGAUACCAGAUCUUAAGGAGAUUGCCCUGUACAAUCCUGGCAAAGCUGGACCUCACAUGUCCGUAGACCAUGUAAACAAAAUCUUGGUGAUGUCCCGCUUCCAUGGGGUUCCUAUCCGUAUUAACUCUGUCUCAUCCAACGAGGUGCGUUUCGCUGCCAGUGAAAUAGAUGGCUUAAUCGGAGGCCCUAACACUGUCGUAGUUAUUGGCAUCUGGGCUCACUUUGGCACUUUCCCCAUUGAGGUCUACAUCCGGCGGAUGCAGAGUGUCCGCAGGGCAGUGGUGCGGCUACUGAACAGGGCUCCAGCCACGAAGGUCAUCAUCCGGACUGGGAACCCUAAAGCUCUGACACUUUUUUAUGCGCUAACCAACAGUGACUGGUACACGCUGCAGAUUGACAAAGUGCUCAGAACCAUGUUCAAAGGAAUGAAUGUGCAUUGGGUCUAUGCCUGGGAGAUGGUCAUGGCCCACCAACUGCCGCACAACCUCCACCCACUACGUCCCAUUAUUAAGGACAUGAUUGAUGUUCUCUUGUCGUAUGUGUGCCCUAAAUAG